UCCUUUCUUUCUUUAUUUAUCCAAACUCUUUGUUACAGAGUGAGUGAGUGAGUGAGGAGAGAGUGAAGCAGAGUAACGGAGAGGGGCACCGACUCUCGAAUCGGGUUUAAGGCAGGUCCAUUCGUGGCCUCCUUUCUCUCUCUAAUGUCCCUCUAAGAUUUAGAGAGAGAGAGAGUUGUUGAGAGAGAGAUGGCAGCAUCUGUAGCUGGCUUAGAUCGAAUGGCUCGACUCACGUGCUUCUUCGUCUCUGUGUUUUGCUUUUUCUCUUCCCAUGUAGCUGCAGACGACGGCCUUAUCAGUAAUGGUGAUUUUGAGACUCCUCCACCAAAUGGAUUCCCAAGUGGGGGCCUUGGAGAACCAGAGACCUCUGAAAUUCCAGGUUGGCAGAGCAAUGGCACCAUUGAACUAGUGAGCUCAGGCCAAAAACAGGGCGGAAUGAUACUUAUAGUUCCACAAGGUUCUCACGCCGCAAGGCUUGGUAACGAUGCAGAGAUAAAUCAGGACAUUAAGCUCGAGAAGGGCUCGACUUACUCCGUUACUUUCAGUGCAGCAAGGACUUGUGCCCAGUUAGAGUCGAUCAACAUUUCAGUGCCCCCUGCUACUCAGAGUGUUGAUCUUCAAACACUUUACAGUGUUCAGGGAUGGGAUUCCUAUGCUUGGGCUUUUGUGGCUCAGUCUGAAGACUCUAAGCUGGUGUUCAGGAACCCUGGCAUGGAGGAUGACCCCACUUGUGGACCCAUCAUUGAUGACAUUGCCAUUAAGAAGCUUUUCACUCCUGAUAAGCCCAAAGACAAUGUGGUUGUGAAUGGCGAUUUUGAGGAGGGCCCCUGGAUGUUCCGUAACGAGUCCCUAGGUGUGCUUCUUCCGACCAACCUCGAUGAGGAGAGCUCCCCACUCCCCGGUUGGAUCAUCGAAUCAAAUCGCGCUGUUCGAUACAUAGACUCCACCCACUUUGCAGUCCCUCAAGGCAAACGAGCCAUUGAACUCCUCUCAGGCAAAGAAGGCAUCAUCUCUCAAAUGGUUGAGACAACCCCUGAAAGGUCAUACAUGCUCGCCUUCUCAAUGGGCCAAGCCAACGAUUCAUGCCUGAAGCCCCUUGCAGUCAUGGCUUUCGCUGCAGACCAAGCUCGAGGUAUACAUUACACGCCUACCGGAAACAUGACACACAUGGAUGCUAACUUGACCUUCACUGCAAAGGCUGAGCGUACGCGUGUUGCUUUCUAUAGUGUGUAUUAUAACACGAGGUCGGAUGACCUUAGCUCACUAUGUGGGCCUGUAGUGGACGAUGUGCGCGUGUGGUCGACCUCUGGUGCGGGCUACAGGUUGGCAGGUGCAUCUGCUGUUAUGUGGAUGAUUUGGGUUGUUUUGAUGGGGUUGUAGGGUGUGGAGGUAAAAGGUGGGAAGUUGUUUCCUUGACCUGCUGCUUCGUCAGAGGCAAGCCUGUGUGGUAUGGAGGUUUUGUCUGCAAGGUAAGUUUUUUCCCUUGUUUGUUUACUAGUUUUGUACCAAAGAGGUCCCCCUUAUGCAUAUGAAGGUAGGUGUACGGAAGGUUCACUCUUAUUAAGGAAAAAAUUGCAAGUUCCAGUCCA